AUGGUCGAGGUAGAGCAGCAGCACAUUAACUUCCAAGCCGAAGUGCACAGACCAACUCAACCACCAGUGAACUUAGUGCCACCGGCUGACAAAAGCCUAAUCACACUGGACCUGCAAGUGUUAUCAGACGACAGAUAUGAAAUUUCCUACUCGGAAAACAAAGUGGUAUACAGAGCCAUUGCACAAAAUCUGCUAUCUACACAUGUCCAACAUAAACACCUGAUCCAUAUUGGAAAGAGCCAACGACACAUUAUGAUCCAAAUUCUCAGACUGCAUUGCAAAAUUAAAUCCUAUUUUACAUUUCUCGAUAACGCUUUAUCGAUUAUAGGCUGGUGUGUAAUCCAGAGUGUGUGGAAAUCCAGGUGGUCUGGAUGUGCCGUGUGUAACUGCACAAUUUAA